GGCGUAGGUCCGAACUAACAUACUUUUAUACCAAAAUGUUCCUCGCGAGGCCGUGCAUCUAUGGUGAAUGCACAAAAGUGUGCAUAUUUUUCUGGACUGAGAUAUUGGUUUUCCAAAAUCCCUCGGUUUUUGAGGUAAACUGACCUUUUCGCACUCAAAAAACAUUUUUUCCUACAUGAUAUAUAUAUAUUCGGAAUCACCGUGAAAAACUGCAAGGAUGGUAUAUAAUUCAUCUGAAUUCGGUCCUUCCGUUCUGAAUUCUAUAAAUUUCUUAGAUUUAGGAUUCACACGAAGAACUUUCCGCUGAAAAUUCAAGAGAGAAACCAUGGAAAGUCUGAAAAAACUGCUUCUAUAGGUUAUCGAGGGUGCUCUAUCCAAUGGAAUGGUUUUUCAGUUUAAAAACGCUUUUCAAAGGGUUUUCCACAAAUCUGGUCUCUGGAAAACCUACUGGAAAACUUUGUUGAAACUGAAAACUAUUCCAUUGGAAAGAGAAUCGUCGAAAACCUAUAGAAAGUCGUUCAGAUAAUUUCAGUCCACUUAUAAAGUUAAUGUCCGCCUGCUCUAGCGAAAAAUGCCCACUGUGUCAAGGGGGAUAAUAACGUCAGUUAGCAAAUAUUACCGAAAUCAAUAUGGUUUUUCCACCAAUAUAAUGAAAGACGAUAAAGUUCUGACGAAACAUUCAUUGGAUAUGUUCUUGUCGAUUGAUCUUCAUCAUCAUCAUCAAAAGAAGAACAUUCCGUCUAGACUGUCUGCUAUCAAACGCAGUAGAAAAACGCGGAAAAACUUUAUUAGAGACUUGACAAAAAAAUGGUAUCAGCAAGUUUUCUAAAAGCAGCUGAGAAACCCGAUUUUCCAUAAAGGUUUCUGAGGUUUAUUUAAUGGACUUUGUAAACCAAAAUCGCAUUUGUAAUUAUCAUAAAAGCCUUAGGUAUAAUCGAGUGAUUUUAGCGACUUUAAAAUUCUAAUGAACAAUAAGAUCUUAGUCAGUCUUACUUAUUUCGUUGAUAACUUUGAGUAUUAAAAUCUCAGAUUUGUACAAUAACUGCAAAGCUCAAUUUUCUAGCGCUGAUAAUACUAAAUGAGACGUUUUCAGGGAAUAAAUUUGAGGAACAUCUGACGAGUCGUUUUGGAGAAAAAUCAUGACUAAAACUAAAAAUUUUUGAUACCCAGUCGUUGUAAUGGGUCAAACACAUUGUGAAAAUGAGUAAGGAGGUAAAAAAGAUUCCAAAAACAGCUCAGGAAGACGACAGAUAAAUGGAAGGAUGCAUUUCAGAAAAACAAGACAGACAAAUUUAUCAAAACAGAUCGAUCCUCUUGGGACUUUAGGAUAAAACUCCUCAUUCUCUGAACUUUGUCGCUUUAGAACGCCACUUGUAUCAAAGUCUUCAGUAUGAGAAAUAUGCUCUUAAUAAUAAUCAAUUGUUGAAUUAACUUAAAUGUAGGGAAUCAAACAGAACAUCAGUUAUUCUCUACGGUGGUAAGUAGCGAUGUUGUAUGACACGCAGCCUUAUAUACAUGAGGAGUCUGAACUUUACCAGUUCUACUCAUUUUGUGCAUCAUCUGAAGUCAGGGUUUAUGAAUGAGAUUUUCUAAUUUCUAUUUGUAACCAGCGGGCAAGUGUAUUAGAAUUUUGUCUGAAUCCUAGAUUUCGACAAGAUAACUCAGAACAUGGUUCUGGCAGCUUCAAGGCUAAAUUAUCCUAUUUUUUCCCAAUCCCAGAGAAAGUAUUCAAUUAAAAUAAAUAAUCUUAUCUAAUGUGUUGUGUCACCUAGAAAUUUGUCCCAGUACUACCUUUCUCUCUUUCUACAGAGUUGUUUGUGUAUGACAUAGAUCAUACUAUUAUAUAUACUGAUGUAAAAUGAAUAAAGGAAAAAAUAGAAAAAUUAGCGCGUAUAGUACUAAAUUAAGGGGUUCCGAAAAUAGAAGAAAGAAAAUGUGUAUGGUCAGUAGCAUAUCUGAUUUGUGUUGUAGAAUUGAAAAAGGGCAAAACAGAACAUCACUCGAUUUUCAUUCAAGUAAGGUAUCAAUUGUUUUGAAAGCAAAAUCAAACUUCUGCUGCUGAAAUGUCAGACUGGUAUAAGCAUUUUUAGAUUUAGGAAAGAGCUUGAUUUUCUUCAAUUCAUAGACUAAAUAUUAGUUUUCAUUGUUUGUUUCGACUAGUGUUGUGAGACGAAAUCCCAUGUAGGUGAACAGGUUUAUCUGCAUGCGAAAAUGAUAUAAACUUUUUUAAUGUUGGAGUCUUCUAGCUAAGUAUAAGCUACAAAAAAAAUGCAUUAUGACUCUUUGUCACUGUUUUCUUGUUCUCCUUUAUUUGUCUGAUUUGAAUUUUUAACUCAUAUAGCGGUGAUGUUAACUGUCAACGCACGUCUGAAAAUCACAAAUAAUCUCAUUUUUUCCGUCCGACAUAUAAACUACGUGAGAAAAGAAUGAUGAACAGUUAAACGAUCUAAUAUUUUUGUUUGUUGUGUAGGCUGUCGUUCGCUCCAUUUUUUUUAUUAAUUUAUUAAUUACGCUACGAAACUUAGCUACUAAACCUUUUCUUGAUUAAAGCUGAUAGAAAAAGUGUUGAAAUUUGGCUUUUUUAUCCAGUGUCUAGAUUUAUUUUACUUCGACUUUAUCUUUAUUGCGUCAGUCUGCGUCGUUCAGAAUUAAAUUGUGAACUUUGUAGAUAAAUGAGAUUUAUAAACGUAUUUGCUAUCUAUUUUAGAGCGUGUGUUAUUAAUUUUCCUUGAGUUGUGUUUCAAUUUCUGAAAAAAAAUGUGUAAGUAAAAGCUAUACUGUCUCAUAACUAAUCACUAUCAUCACUAUCUUUUCAACUAUUUUAGAUUCACCGUGGGCUGCUUCAAUGCCAUGUUUAUUCUGGCCGUCAUCUGUUCAUUUGCAUGCUUCUCCGUCAAUGGAUUUAACAAAUCCAUUUUUACAAGUAUCUGAAUCUCGACAAUCUCUCUCAUCAUCGACAUGGUCCGUUUACAAUGAAAAUGUCAUCUCACCACCGCCACCACCUUUAUCUCAAAAUUAUUUUGAGAAAUUACCAUGGCGAAGUGAUCAGAAUAUAAAUCAAAAUCCAAAUAGUCCAAAAUUUGCAAUAAUCAAAAAUAUGAUUGCUCGUACAGCAACAAAUAAUCAUCAACAACAGCAUUUAAAAUUUGGUGGUAGUAUUGGAAAUUUAUUUGGUUUAACAACAACAACAACAACAACAGCAAUGGUUCGAAAACGAAAAAUCUGCAGUUUCUGUAAAUCGAACGGUGAAUCAUCAAGUGUGUAUACUUCACAUAAUUUACGUGAUGCAGCUAAUAAUAUCGAAUGUCCAGUAUUAAUGGCUUAUACUUGUCCAAAAUGUGGUGCCAGUGGUAAUAAAGCACAUACAAUUAAAUAUUGUACGUCAUUGAGUGAAAAUGAACGUGUAUCAUUACCAACAGUUAAAUUAUUUAAAGAAGGUCGAUGUGCAGCUGCGUGUCCACCAAAUUACAAUGAUAUUCUUAAUGGUUGUUAUAAAGUGAAUAAUGUUUCAAAUAUAACAUGGAAUAAUGCACGGAAUAUGUGUGUAAAUGAUUCAAAUUCAUUAACAUCUAAUUUUACUGGUAAAACUCAUUUAUUAUCAUUGGAAUCAGCCACUGAAUCAACAUCGUUGAUGUACUGGCUCAAAGGUUGGAAUAUUCAAGAUUCAUUUUGGAUUGAUGGUUUUGCAUCAAAUCAAACUUGGACAUGGAGUGAUCAAAAAAUUACAUGGUAUUUUAAUAUAUCGGAACAAAUGUUUAAUGGAAACGGCAGCAAUUACAGAAUAUUUUAUAAUCAAGUACAAAAUGAGUACAAUAUAAUGGAUGAUAUAGAAGUGAAACAAACUCAUUAUAUUUGUGAAUAUCAAGGUCAGCUUGUUUGUUGUUUAUGGAAAAAAACAGAUAGAAAUAAAAACAUAUCUUUUUUUCUAGCUUAUUGUAAUGGAAACAAUUCAUGUCAAAAUAACGCUACAUGUUUCAUGAAUGCUGGACGAGAAUUGUGUAUUUGUGCUGGUGGUUUUACAGGAUCUACAUGUACACAAGAAAUAGAUGAAUGUCUAAGUUCACCAUGUUUACAUGGUGGAAUAUGUACUGAUCAAAUUAAUGAUUAUUAUUGUAAUUGUUCAAUGUUAUUUUAUAAUGGAACAAAUUCUAUCGACGAUGCUUUACAAGGACAACGUCGCGCCGCAUUUUUAGCUGUUCUGGGUGUGGUUGUUGGACUUGUUGGUAUAUUGACAUUGUCAGAUUUACCUUGGAGUGAUAUUGCUCGAUAUUUCCGUUGUCCAUGGAUUAGUUGUCGAUGUAUUAGUGGUAAUAGUGGUGAUGUUGAUGAGGAUGAUGAAAUAUCGAUGAAUGGUGAAAAUGAACAACAGACGACAGCUCAAAUACAAAAAUUAAAAAAUACCAAUUAUCAUGUAAUGGAUACUGUAUGGAAUCCAGAUAGUUUAGUUGAAAUAAAUCAUGAUGAAAUUGUUGAAGCACGUGCAUCCGUUUUACAAUCGAGAUAUAAUGGUUAUAUUUCACCUCCGCCUCGCGCAGAAACUCGUAUAUCAAACAAUGUUACAAGUCCGGAUAAUCAAUUAAUUAAAUCUUUUGCUGCCAUUGUAGCUAAGCAGCAAGAAAAGAAAAACAAAAUAAGUCAAAUAUAUGCAGUUGAUUUACCAGCCACACAUUCAAUUGAAACUCCGAUAACAACAAAAAUAGGUGAUAAAACUAUUUCUACUCCUUCAAAAAUUAUUACACCAUGGACCGUUCAGUUGCAGCAAGAAUUACGUAAUAAAAAAAAGCCUGAACAACUACAGCAACUUUCUGGUGAUAAUAGACCAGGAAGUAAUACUUCAACAGUAGAAUCGAUUUCAAAAACUCAGAAUAACAUUUCUGAUGCAUAA